UUUGCAAUUAAUCGUUGGAGACCACCAUAGAGUAUGGUGACCACUCGUCUGAGAAUGUCAAGCAUUAUGUUUGAGUGUUACAUCUGUCCAAGCUGGCCUUUGGUGUCUAUAUGCCAGAACCAAAAUCGUUAGGUAGACUGGUAGAGUAUUGGAGGCUGUUGUUUGUUGGAGUAGUUGGACAUAACAGAAGAUAGCGAAAUGGAUUCUGCUCAGCUUCCUGGAAAUGUUAACUAUGAAAAUGACAUCCAGCCUAUGCCUACACAAUAUGAAACGGCAAUGCAGCCGCCUGGACUAGGGGCCCCUGGAGUACCAUAUGAGGGUGUGAAGACUGGCAUGAACACAAGUGUGUUCAAGGAACCAAGAGGAGUUAUGCGCAUAUUGCAGUUUGUAUUUUCGAUAUGUGCAUUUGCAACCACUACAGGAUAUACUAACAAAGUUAAAGUUGAGUAUUCAUGCAACAGCACCAAUACUGGAAAGUUUGAACUGGAUAUCUCCUAUCCAUUUAGGUUAGAUCGUGAAGGUUCAACUGUGCCAUGUGACCCACCAUUAGAUUUUUAUUUGCUUGGAAAUUCAUCAUCAGAUGCCCAGUUCUUUGUUGCUGCUGGUGUUUUGGCAUUCAUCUACUGCAUCUUGAUUACUGUGGUGUAUGUGCUGUUUGAUGCUAUGUACCAAAGCAAUGAUCAUCUGCCACGUGCUGAUUUUAUUGCCACUGUUGUUUUAGCUGUAUUGUGGUUGUCUGGAAGUGCUGCUUGGGCUAAUGGACUAAGUCAGAUAAAGAUGGCUACAAACCCUUCUUUCCUUACUAGCCUUUGCAAACAAAUUGCCUGUUCAGUAUCUGUUGGUGGCAGCUUCUCAAGUCUUGAUAUAUCUAUUAUUCUUGGAUUUCUGAAUUUUUUCCUUUGGGCAUCAGAUUUGUGGUUCCUAUACAAGGAAACUUCUUGGUUCAAAAUGAAGCAGAGCAGCCCAAAUAUGGCAGCUACAGCGUAAUUGGAAAAUAAAGUCUGCAACACACAAAUCAAAUCUACAUAAUACCUUCUUCUAUUCAGAGUAUAGACUGCUUUUUAUGUUCAGUCAAAAUGUCAGCCAGUUGCUAUUGAACAAUAAUUUAUUUGUUUUACUGUAGUAUUAUUGAGUCAUAGAUUUUUUUGUACUUUUGCAUCCUUUUAUGGCAAGUGGCAGUGUUCUCUCUCCAGUACUUACGUGAAGAAAUUUGGACAUAUCUUAAUAAGAAUAAUACCUCACAAUUAUUUAUAGGUUAAUUCUUUUUAUUGAUGCUCUACUAAAUAUUUGUGUCCUAUCAUUCAGAAACAGGACCUUGGAAUAAAGUAUUUUUGUUUGGGGGGGGGGGGGAGGGGGGGGGGGGGUUCUUGCAAUAUGGUCCUAAUUAAGUUGCCUGGAAUAUCACUUACUUUUUCUAUUUUAUGUAUGACCAUACACAUUGUCAAUUAUUAAAUCCAUAUCUGUAACACUAUAGUGGUUGCCCAUGUGCUGAAACAUGUGGAGCUGUCAUAUUUCCUGUCGUGGAUUUUAAUAGGUACUUACAAUGUAACACCAAAUUUUAUUUUUUUUAAAUCUGUGUUUUGGAUUGUGUGUUCUUCAGUAUUUGUGUAUACAAUGCAGUAACUAUAAGCUUCAAAUAGUUGUGGAAAAUACUGCACUAAUACACACACACACACACACACACACACACACACACACACACACACACACACACACACACACACCUCUCUUUCUAUUUGUUCAAAUAAGAUAUAGAAGAAGAUGAUGCAUACUUAUUUCUCAUAUUAAAUUAGAUUGAAGUAUAUUGCUUGUUUUUAUUCACAUUUUGUCCCUGUAUUUAUAUUCCAAAAGGCACAAAACUUCGAUGUCAACUCUGCAAUUAAUUGCAUGACCUCAGCAGUAAUAAAAUUAAGGCAUUCAAUAUGACAGAAGUGACCAUUUUGUAAAAAAAUAAAAUAGAAAUAAAAAUAAAUGAAAUUCUAUCGAUUGCAUAUGUUAAUAUGGUGCCACUAUUGCCUGUGUUCAUGGUGUUAACUGCAAUCAGGCUUCUACAUUAAUUUGUGUGAUGGCUUUUUAUACAAAGAGAGAUUGCAUACAACAAAUAUGUUACAUAAAAAUGGAAAAAGUAGUGCAGAUAUUUUGCUCUGUCAAAGGCUGAAAGACAUUUGUUAACGAAACCACAGCUAUUGGUAUUACUUUGAUGAUGUACUUGGGCAUACGGUAGUGAUAGGUUUUACAUUUCAUAUGUAGCACUGCCAAAUCAAAACUAGGAAGAUAAGCAUGGUAUAUUAAUCAAAAGCAAAUCCAUACAGAUACGCUUAUAGGAUGUGCUCUUGAAGGGAGAAUAUAGUGUGUGGCAUGGGACUGAAAUUUUCAGUUCCAACAAUGUAUAUAUUGCACUUUACUGCAGAAAAGGUUCAUUGUUUAUUUUUGGUAAAUCAUCUUAAUGUAUCUUUUAGGAACCUUCUGCCUUGAAAUCUCAUUUGUCUCCCUGACAGAGUUUUAAUUCCAAUGGGAGUGAAUUAAAAUCUUCUUUCUUUAAAAUACCUGUGGCCUUGUAAAUGUCACACAGAUUCCAAAUGCCCUGUUGGUGAAUUGUACUAUUGCUUUAUAGCUCUAUAACAUCUUUAGUGUUUGUAAGAUAAUACUAUGUUGGUCACUUGGAGAAUCAAAAAUGUUUUGUUUCUAAAGGGAACUGUGAUAUGUGUUGGUAAUUACACAAGAGGGUAUCUUUUGUAUUAGAUUUUUUUAAGUUAAAAAAUCUAGUAAGAACAAACUGGACACAGCCUCAAGAUGAAUUGUAUCAAACUUGGAUUUUACAUUAUGUAAUACUGUUAAAUGCUACAGAGUCUUGUUUGUAAAUAAUAAAUUUUGCCCUUAAAGUACAUUACUAGUCAAUUUAUUGCUGUUAAACUGUGUUUAGUGUACUUACCUACUUUGUUACUUUGAGUGUUUUUAUUAGUGAUAGCUUUUAUAUUUUAUUAUACAAGAAAUGUCAGUUCAAAAGUACAUCAGAGAUCUAUUUAUUUGUGGUUCUCAAGUGAUAGUCAUCAACAAAAAUGUAUUGUUUGAAUGAAUAUUGAACAGUAUUUUUCUAUGAGAAUACACGAGUGUCACUUGCAAACCAAAAAUUUUGAGUUCUGUAUAUCGAGUAAAAAUUCUGUUGGGCAGUUAAUGUGCUAUGCAGCACACAUUAACAGGUUGUUACAUUGAAUGUCCAUUUGUCUUCCAAAUAUUGGAAUCUGUGAUCAGUGUGGUCUCUCUCUCUCUCUCUCUCUCUCUCUCUCUCUCUCUCUCUCUCUCUCUCUCUCUCUCUGUGUGUGUGUGUGUGUGUGUGUGUGUGUGUGUGUGUGUGUGUGUGUGUGUGUGUGUGUGUGUAUUUUAUGUAGCAUUUGCAGUGUCAUUCGUGUCAUUAAAACUGUUGAAAGAAUCUUAAAGUUUCUGAAUAUUUUUUAUGCCACAGAGCAUGUGGAUUGCUUUGGUAUUGGUGGUGCUUCCCAAUUAUGUCUUAGAAUGGUGCAUCAUUAAAAAAUGAACUCAAUUGCUGCUUAACUUAACCUAUCUGAAUUUUGCUUGGAGGUGGUUUACACUUACUAUAAGAAAAACUGAAUCACACAUAGCAUAAUUUUCUUUGGUUAUUUAACUGAAAGUUGUUUAAACAUAGUUUUCAUGGUUUUAUGAUACUGUUCUUAAACUUAGGUACACACACUUGAUUUGAAACAGUGGCCAUAACUAGUAUCCUGUGCAUAUUAACAUUAAUUUGGAAAUGGAUUUCAUUAUUUCGUUUGAUAAGUGUGAAUGCCAGUACACGCAUUUGUCUCACAUAUUUGCUCAACAGGUUUUUUCACUAUUGUUGAGACUGUAACUCCAUUCAUUAAAUACCAGUUGCUUCUUGUUAUAGUUUUUCAGUUACACUGAUUGCAUAAAAUAUUCAUGUUGUCCAACAUUAAGCCAUUGUAAUGAGGUAUUAUAAGAGUUCAAGAAAUUUUCAGAUACACAUUUUUUCAAGUGCUCCACAUAAUUUCAAGCAGCUCUGAAAUUUUAUUGUUGAUAUUUUUUUAAGAAUUAAGGGUAGUUGCAGGGGAUAAAAUAAGGAAGCUCUGCCUCUGACUACUGCAGGAUGUGGAAUGAUAUAGGAGGAAUAAGCUGUGCCUAUCCCUCAGGCAUGGCAGUGACAAGGUAAAUCACACUUUUAAUUUGCCAAUCAUCUUGAGCAUCUAAAAGUGUAAAUACACACACAGAGAUGUAAUGAACACUUAAAUGAAGUGUUUAGUAGAAACUGAAAUCAAUUGAUACAUGGGCAUUGUCUGGGAUGCACAACAGUUUUCACAAAUGGUCAAUCCUGUAUGCCAGUAAAGUAUUGUUUGAGUGCAACAGUUGGAUAUGAUUUGAAGAAAAACACUGCUGACCCUGAAUAUUCUUAUUUCCAUUAAUUAAGAACUACCAGGAUCUCUCUCUAUGUCUGUCUGUCUCUGUGUGUGUGUGUGUGUGUGUGUGUGUGUGUGUGUGUGUGUGUGUGUGUGUGUGUGAGAUCCUUACUGUUGCUCCUGAAAGUCUUGAAUAUUCAAGCAGCUCUGCAUACUUUAGAUACAGUGGCAUAAGUAACAUGAAUGUUUAUGGUCUUGUAACUUGUGUACAAAUCCCUCAUUGGGUCUUCUGUAAAAUAACAGAAUUAAGAUCCAGAGCCCAUUUGUGUGCCGCCACCGGUAACCCCUCCCCCCCCUCCCCCUGCUGCAUUUCAAACGUUGAUUCAGUUAUGGAUGGUUACUGUUAAUGAAAAUUGUGAUUUUUGGCAUCUACUGUUCUCAAGUGUCUAUAGAACAUCUCUGAAGUUACUUAAUGAAUCCAUGAGGUCAAUUUUAGCUGUCCUCCCUUUGAAACGACAUUCUAAAUUUCCACCUAAAAAGAUAACUGUUGAGCUAAUAGUGUAUCUCUAGCAACAUUGACUGGUAAUAAAAUUUCUCAUUAUAUAAAAUAAGUUAUUUACAGUUAGUCCCAUAUCUAAGAAUUUUUUCCCAGUGAUCUUGGUUCAUAAAAUUUGUAUGUUGGUGAAUAGGAAUUUAAGAAAUCAAGUUUAUCAACAGUGGAAGUCCUUAGUCAAUGAAUAGUUGUUGUAUAAAGUAAAAGGCAUAUGGUACAAGUGAUGCUAAUCUGAUCAGUGUGAUAGAACCAAGUGGGAUGAUGUGGUUAAUAUAGUGAGAUCUCAUUCCAGAAGAUCAAUUGAAAUCCCCUGGCCAUUCAGAUAUGGGUGUUCCAGGAUUUCCAUAAAUGACUUAAAACAAAUGUGGGGAUGGUUCCUUUGGAAAGAAUGUAUCCAAGCUGAUGCUCAGUCUCUAAUUAUCUCUUUUGGAUGAUAAACCUUUUGUUUUCCUUCUUGCAACUUUCCAGUGUGUAAUUGGCAAAUCUGCCCUAUUAACUGGAUCAGUUUCUUGUACCCAUGAAACAUCAUAUAUUCUAGCUGUAACAGGAAUUAGCUUCAAAAAAAUCUUAUUGAUUGAAGUAGCCAGCCUUGAGCAUGACAAGUAUGUUAAAGUUCCUUAACAAUUAGUGUAAACUCACUUUUAAGUUCGUAGUGUACUGGACCCAACCACAGUUGUUUGCUCCUAGUAUUCGGCUGUGUUCACAAUUGUGCAUAAUUUCCCAGAUCUGCUUUGCUCAUACUUGAGGGUGGUGGUCUUUCUGCCACUUCAUGAAUUCUUUACAAGUCCUGUUUUAUAUAACCAUCUGUACUGCUGGGAGUAACUGUAACGAGGCCCCUACUAAUCAAGGUUUUGUCUGUGGGAGGGAAUGUGUGACUGUCCUGUAUAAACAACUCAUUUUUUUCCCUAUCAAGAUUGUUUCCUACAAAUCAUCAUAUGAGAAAUUUUUUUAGUGUUGGUUACACCAUUUUCCUUUAUUCCAUUGAUGGCAAGCCUGCUUAAUUUAUUAGUGUCGAUGGCCUUAGUGUACAGAGUGGUUAACUAUAACUUUAUUGCCCCAUCCUGCUUAAGCCAAGAGAUUUGACCAUACUAGGAACAAUGUAACCUGGAUGAAAUUGGUCUCACAAAAUUCUGUGGGAGUUGUUGAAUUAUAUCAUGAAUGGCCACCACUAGACUCUCAAACUGUUUGACUAAUGAUGCAAAUUCCAAUAAAAUUAAGACCACCAAUAUCUUCCUGUCAGAAGAGAAAGUGACAACUUUCUAAUUUACUUCGUCUUCAUGCACAUACAAAAGGCUUUACAGGCAAGCUUAAUCUCAACAGUAGCCAACACCAGAGUUGGAUGAGUGUACAAUAACAGCAUACCACUUUACUACCAUAUAGAAUUAUACUAAGAUAAAGGUGGUGUAAAACUACCAUGUAUAAAGCAACAUUUAAUUUGAUUGUGUUCAGUCGCGUAAAGAAGAGUGCUCCUAAAGAGGACUCCAGGUGUGGGACUGAACCAUUGAUGCAAAAAAAUUUAAAGAAUAGUCCAUUCUUUAACAGCUCAUUAUUUACAAUUGUAUAUAAUGACUACCAAAGGGUACAGUCAUAAAGAUAUCCAUUUUAUUCCCAUUUGUAUUACUGUGUUCACAUUAGCUAAAGUAAUUAAUAAUGCAGCUGGAAUUUUGUGCAUAUUUGUGGUUCACAUGCCACAUAAAUAUGUUCCUGCAUUGUUGAUUACAUAAAGGAAAAAAAUUACUCUUCCAGUUUUAAGUUUUUUACAUACGCAAAUCAAUAUAGUUCAAGAAAUUUGUGCAGAAAGAGUUAUCUAAAUGUGGAACAUUCUUUCUGUGAGAGGAUGCUCUUCCAUUAGAUGAUAGAUUUUAGGUUUUCAGGUAACUACAAUAUUUUCAUGAAUGAAUGACGGAAAUAGUUUUAGCUCUCAAAUUUUGUUACUUUUAUGAACAUACUUUUGUCUGUCGAUAAUUAAUAAUGAUGACUUUGUAACUGAAAGAAGCUGGAAAGAAAUUGGAAAGAAAUUGUGUGCAAUUAGAGGGGGGGGGGGGGGGGGGAGGGGGAGGAAAUGAUCGAGAAUCCUUAUUAUAAAUCCACACUGUUCUGUGAAACAGGAGUAAAAUUUUAACAGAGCAGUAUGGGUCUCUAACGCACACAAUGUUUAAGUAAUAGCAUAUAGAGACUGUUUCAAGAGCAUGAGAGUAAUGCUGUGACAAAGAGGAUUUUCUUUUUGUUAAAGCCAUGCUAGAAAUGUUGCAGUGUAAGUAAACUAUGUGGUGUGCACUCUAGCCACAUUGUUUUCAUCAUAUGAAAACCUUGUAAAAGAUCUGUUUUAAUAAUGAAGUGAAGUUUUCAGUACGGUAAACACCGUGCAUAUGUAUUUAUAUUUCUGUAAUUUUGUAAACAGCUAACUGUGAUCGAGUAAUUGAGCUUAAUGUAAGAAAUGGGUUUCACAUUCACAGCUGUAUGGAAUUAAGUGUGUUUUUGUGCCUUUAUUAUUAUUAUUAUUAUUAUUAUUGUUGUUGUUGUUAUUAUUUUCAUUUUUUGCUGUAUUGAAUGAUGAUCUACAUUCCAUCUUCUUUAUUGUGUUGUUGUUUUGCCAAACGUUUAUAAUAAGCCAUGUAAACACACACACACACACACACACACACACACACACACUUCAUUGUGUGUUAGCACUACUUUUAUUCUGUAUAUUGACCUUUUUUAUGUUAGUGAAUCAAGAUAUGUAAUUCAUUUCUUUCAUAUAAUUUCUCCUACCAUUUAUCCUGUAGAUGAUUUUAACAGGGUUUCAUUUGUAUCUGUCUUAAGAGUUUGUUGCUCAUUAUGUAAGUUUAUUUAAAUAUUAGCCCAAGCCAUGUUACAAAACAGUAACAUUCUCCCUUCACCACAGGUUUUUUGUUGUACUUCCAUGAAAACUGAGUAGCCUUAAAGUUCAGGUAUAUGAACAAGGAUUUUCAGUACUUUUUUGUGGGCAGAAUUAGCUACAGUAGAAGUUCAUAUCAUAUGCCGUAUAAACAUGUAUAUGGUUAAUUCUCUGCAGUGUAAAUCUAAAUUAUUAGAGAGAAAAUGAUAAAUUAAUUUUCAUUAUGAUCAUAGAUUGGAAUAUGGCAAAAUUUGUACUUAGCUUUUACAUGUAGAUAGUGGGAGUAUUGUUGCCAUUAAAUGUGGAAACAUUCCUUGUCAGACAAUUGUACUUACAUCAGAUCAGCCUUCACCAAGAAAAAUGGUAUGAUUAACAGACAGCAAGUGUUACUUUCAGCUCUCAGUACAAUACACAAUAUAAUUAGUGUAACUAUUUUAUGUUUUAAUACAAAAUUUAAUUCUUAUGGGAAACAUAAUACAUGGUUCAUUAAAAAGUCUCAAAACUACUCAUAUUGAACAUAGUGACUUUGAAUUAGGCAGUUAGAAAUAACAUCCAUGAAAUGUAACAUAACAGCUAAAGAUACAUUUGUAAUGUGUAUUGAGCGAUAAAUAAUUUUGUGAUUGAUGUAUGUGUGUAAAACGCACAUACUGGUGCCACCAUCUCUCAAAUUCACAUCUUGGCAUAGUAUAACUGGUAAAUUGAGUGAAGUAGUAAUGAUUAAUAUGACACCUGAGCAUUUAGGAGAGGGGUGGUGAUGUAAAAGGGCCCAAUCCCAGUCUGGCCCUAAAGAUUUAGGUUUUCCAUUAUUUACCUAUAUCAUUGUUACUUUUGAGAUGGUUCUUUUGAAAAGACAUUUUCCUUCUGUGUCCAUAUCAUAAGCAACUGUAAAGUGCUUGUCAUCAAUAGGUUGUAUGCACUGUCUGCCAAAGAGCAGUAAUUUUUGAUGGCACACAUGCCACACUUCAUCUU